CAAUGAGGCCCUCCUUAGUAUUCCGAACGUCCACAUAGAAAGUGUCUAUCUGAUUUUGGAGGCAGUAUAAAAACUGCCCGCGGCCAAAUUUCUAUUAUCAGUCGAUCGUGUUAUCGCAAACACUAACUACAAACUAAACGAAAUGGCGUGUCAGUACAUCGUCCUUGCUGCCUGCGUGGCCAUGUUGAAGGGAGGAGUCGUCAGCGCUAGCGCUGUCGUAGCCGCCCCGCUGGCCGCCCCAUUGGCAGCUGCCCCUGUUGCUGUCGCUAGGCUGUCGGACGCAACCAUUGAUCCCAACCCGGCUUACUCAUUCGCCUACGACGUCCAGGAUGCUCUAACAGGAGACUCAAAGUCGCACAUCGAAAGCAGGGCCAACGGCAUCGUCAAGGGACAGUACACCGUCGCUGACCCUGAUGGCACCAGGAGGAUUGUAGACUACUACGCUGAUCCCAUCCACGGAUUCAACGCUGUCGUUAGGAAGGCUCCCCAGGCUAUCAUCGCGAGGGCUGCUCCUGUUGUCGCUCCUGCUCCCGUCCUGAGGGCAGCUCCCGUUCUAGCCCCAGCUCCCGCGCCUGUGGUAGCUCCCGUAGCCAGGGCUGUAGCUCCAGCGCCUCUGUUCGCAAGGUCGAUUGCUGCUCCAGUUGCUGCACCUUUUGCCAGGUUUUCACCCUAUCUGGCCGCACCAGCGCCGGCGCCAUAUUUGUUUUAGAUGAUUGACUGAUGCCUGGUUAUGGGAGGGAAUAGAAUCUUAAUUUGAUUUGACUUUGGGCUACCAAGGUUGAUCAUAGAAGCUUUCAUAUUCCUUCGCUGUAUACACCUGUUUUUGUACACUGUUUUUAUACUUAUUGUAAAUAAAUGUUUGCUUACUACAAA